AUGGCGACAGCAGCCACAAUGACGGUGAGCUCUGCCGGCGGUUUACUCGCAAUGCUGAAUGAAAGUCACCCGCAGUUGAAACUUCACGCGCUCUCUAAUCUCAAUGCUUUCGUUGAUUACUUCUGGCCUGAGAUUUCCGCUUCUGUCCCUGUAAUAGAAAGCUUGUACGAGGAUGAAGAGUAUGACCAAAGACAACUAGCAGCAUUAGUUGCUUCAAAGGUUUUCUAUCAUUUGGGUGGACAUAAUGACUCAUUAUCCUAUGCCCUUGGAGCUGGCCCUCUUUUUGAUGUUACUGAGGACUCUGACUAUGUUCAUACCAUUCUUGCUAAAGCACUGGAUGAAUAUGCAAGUCAUAAGACUAAGGCAGCCGAGUCAAAUGAUGAAGCUGUAAAGGUGGAUCCUAGGUUGGAGGCUAUCGUUGUGAGGAUGCUUGAUAAGUGUAUAGAGGAGAAAAAAUAUCAACAAGCCAUUGGCAUGGCUAUUGAAUGCAGAAGGCUGGAUAAGGUUGUUAAAGCAAUUAAAGAGAGUGGUAAUGUUGAUGCAACUCUAUCAUAUUGCAGUAAUAUCUCCCAUAACUUCGUCAGUCGCAGAGAAUAUCGGAGUGAGGUGCUUGAUCUUCUUGUUAAAGAAUAUGAGAAGCCAAAAUCAUCUCCAAACUAUUUGAGCAUGUGUCAGUGGCUUAUGUUUUUGGAUAAACCAGAGCGCGUAGCAAGCAUAUUAGAGAAGCUUUUACGUUCAAAAAAUAACAAUGAUGCUCUACUGGCAUUUCAAAUAGCUUUUGACCUAGUAGAGAAUGAGCACCAAGCUUUUCUUUUGAAUGUAAGAGACCAACUUUCCAGUCCACAACUACAACCACCUUCAGAACCUGCACUCAUACCUGCUGAGUCUGAUACUGCACAAACUGGAGAUGCUAUUGCUGCAGAGGAUGUUGCAGUGAGCGAUGAAAAUCAGCCUUCUAUGCCGAUUGCUUCUAGUGCAGAUCCAAACGAAGCAAUAUAUGCAGAGAGGCUGGAAAAGAUCAAAGGGAUUUUAUCUGGAGAGACUUCAAUAAAGUUGACCUUGCAAUUUUUAUACAGCCAUAACAAGUCAGAUCUCCUUAUUCUCAAGACAAUAAAGCAGUCUGUUGAGAUGAGAAACAGUGUGUGUCACAGUGCAACGAUAUAUGCAAAUGCACUUAUGCAUGCUGGAACAACUGUAGAUACAUUCCUUAGGGAGAACUUGGACUGGCUAAGCAGGGCAACAAAUUGGGCCAAAUUUAGUGCAACAGCUGGAUUAGGUGUUAUUCACUGUGGCCACUUGCAGCAAGGAAGAUCACUUAUGGCCCCUUACUUGCCGCAGGGUGGGGCUGGGAGAGGUGGCAGUCCAUAUUCGGAAGGUGGUGCAUUGUAUGCUCUUGGUUUAAUUCAUGCAAAUCAUGGGGAGGGCAUCAAGCAAUUUCUUCGUGAUAGUCUACGGAGUACCGACGUGGAGGUUAUUCAGCAUGGUGCCUGCUUAGGGCUUGGGUUGGCAGCUUUAGGAACUGCUGAUGAGGACAUUUAUGACGACAUUAAGAAUGUGCUAUAUACUGACAGUGCCAUUGCUGGAGAAGCAGCUGGUAUUGGUAUGGGUUUAUUAAUGGUUGGAACUGCAAGUGAGAAGGCAGGUGAGAUGCUUGCUUAUGCUCAUGAGACGCAACACGAGAAGAUAAUCAGGGGUUUGGCAUUGGGGAUAUCCCUCACAGUCUAUGGAAGAGAAGAAGAAGCAGAUACACUGAUCGAGCAGAUGACCAGGGAUCAAGACCCUAUAUUGCGUUAUGGUGGCAUGUAUGCUCUGGCAUUAGCAUACAGGGGAACAGCAAAUAAUAAGGCUAUCCGUCAGUUGCUACAUUUUGCUGUAUCAGAUGUGAGUGAUGACGUCAGGCGGACUGCAGUCUUAGCGCUUGGAUUUGUUAUGUAUUCUAAUCCAGAGCAGAUGCCUCGUAUUGUCUCAUUGUUAUCUGAGUCUUACAAUCCACACGUGCGCUAUGGUGCGGCUAUGGCAGUUGGCAUUUCAUGUGCUGGUACUGGUCUGAGUGAGGCAAUCUCAUUGUUGGAGCCUUUGACAUCAGAUGUAGUUGAUUUUGUACGUCAAGGCGCUCUCAUAGCCAUGGCCAUGGUGAUGGUCCAAAUAAGUGAAGCUUGUGAUUCCCGUGUUGGUGCCUUUAGGCGGCAACUAGAGAAAAUUAUCCUUGAUAAGCAUAAAGAUACCAUGAGUAAGAUGGGUGCAAUCUUGGCCUCUGGAAUUCUUGAUGCUGGUGGAAGGAAUGUGACAAUAAAGUUACUUUCGAAAACAAAACAUGAUAAAAUUACUGCAGUUGUUGGACUAGCUGUUUUUAGUCAGUUUUGGUAUUGGUAUCCGCUUAUAUAUUUCAUUAGCUUGGCAUUCUCACCCACAGCUUUCAUUGGGCUGAAUUAUGACCUAAAAACGCCAAAAUUUGAGUUUGUAUCACAAGCUAAGCCGUCGUUAUUUGAGUAUCCUAAGCCAACUACUGUAGCCACGACAACUUCUGCGGUCAAACUUCCUACUGCUGUUUUAUCAACUUCAGCGAGGGCCAAGGCCAGGGCUAGCAAGAAAGAGGCAGAGAAAGCUAGUGCCGAGAGAGCAUCUGGUGUGGAGUCAUCUUCUGCUGCCACAAGUUCUACUUCUCCGUCUAUGCAGGUGGAUACCCCUGCAGAGAAUUUGAAAGUACCAGAGCCAUUAUUUGAGAUUUUGACAAAUCCCGCUAGGGUAGUUCCUGCUCAGGAGAAGUACAUAAAAUUUUCAGAAACAAGCAGAUAUUUGCCAAUCAAAGCAUCACCUUCUGGCUUUGUGCUUCUGAAAGAUCUACGUCCCGAUGAACCCAAAGUAUUUGCUCUUACCGAUACACCCUCAUUAGCUGCAUUCAGUACCAGUGGAUCAGCUGGACAACAGGGCUCAGCCUCAGCGAUGGCUGUUGACGAGGAGCCUCAGCCACCGCAGCCAUUUGAAUACACGUCGUGAUCUAUUGUAAUCGAAAAGCUUUGGCUGAAUGAUUUGGUGUUAAUCCAAUGGGAGGAGGCUGAGAAGGCAUUGAACCAAAGAACAGUUUUCCGUUUAAGACUUGCAUUGGAAAGGCAAGAAAAGGAAAAGGAAAAGAAAAAAGAAAGGAUUGACACUGUUUAGAUGUAUUUUACUUAUUUUCCUUCUUGACUCUGUUAAUUUGUACAGUUUGGACAACUCGAUUUGUAGUUUACAAAUUAAACCUUUUUAGUUUGUCUUUGCACAAUUAUUAGGAAAAAGAGUUGAAAUUAUUUCUUGUUUUGGACGAA